AUGCGCGUCUCACGACCUUUCAAAUCCUCCGGGCACUGCAAACCGAGUCCCGAUGGACGCUACAUCGCCACGCUUAGCUCCUCAGCCGUUAAUGUUCGCUCGACUGAGACGCUGGCGCUCGUCAACGUGAUAAAACUCUCUGGCGAUCUUCAGGGUCCCAUCAGCACCUUCAUUUGGUCACCGUCAUCUAGGAAUAUUCUGGUUGCUACGGCAGACGACGUUCAGGUAUCAUCUGCGGCUGAUACAUCGUUCAAUGCUACUAUCCGCAACACCACUUGCCCCGGUGGGAAGCCUGGCCUCAUUUACUUCGGAGCCAGCGACUACGAGGUCCUGCUUUGCUCGCCGUUUGGUCUCAAGCUCGCCAUCGUUGAUCUGACCACGUCCAAAAUCGUUGAGAUUAGCAGCCCCAAGUUUCACCAUGCAUCGACUGCCUCCAGGGGCUUCUCCAUUCGGCCAGCUACAGGACACCUGGCGGUGCUCUCCCGUGUCGGCGGCAAGGACAUGGUUAGUAUCCAUGACGCUAGCACUCGGCUCGUUGAAAGGUCCUGGAGUCCGGACACCGUUGACAGUCAGGGCAUCCUUUGGACUCCGGACGGAAAGUGGCUACUGCUCUGGGAGUCCCCGGCCCAAGGCCAUCAUCUAUCUAUCUAUACGCCUGACGGCCAGCACUUCCGUACCCUAGGCGCCGCAACUAUCCUGCAAGAUCAACAAUCCGGGGCAGAGGGAGAGCUCGAGGCCGGCAUCAAGACUUGCCAGCUCAGCCCCAAUGCCGAGUUGUGCGCGCUGGGCGAUCACAGUGCGGGCGUCACAAUCCUAGACACAAAGACGUGGAGGGCUUGCCUGAGGCUGAUGCAUCCUAUCACCAUCAUUCCCAAGGACACUACGCAGGUGUGGCAAGAGCAGGUCAGCUCUGCAAGCCAAGGACGCUCCACACACUCAUUUGUGCGAGCAACGCAAAUGGUUGCGCCCCCUGCACAGUCAUCGGAGGCGAAACACGCGGCACCGUUGCAUCCAGGCUGCUCAAUGGCUGCGUUUGAUGCGUCCUCCACGCUCCUGGCCACCAAGCUCGACGACUCGCCGUGCGCAGUCUGGAUUUGGGAUGUGGCGGCCGCGGAGCUUCGAGCCGUUCUUAUAUUUCAUUCCGCAGUGGGCUUCAGCUGGCACCCAAGCGUUCGCGAGCUGCUGUUGGUUACAUGCCAGGACGAAGCGCGUCGCGGUGCAACGUUCGUGUGGGAUCCGCUGUCGGAUGGGCCGUUGUUGGUAAGUCAGGCCGACGGGCUUCCGAAUGCGCGACCAGCAAAGGCGGUGACCAAGGCGCCCAAGGUCUUCUGGGUGGACCGCGACACCGAAUGCCCGGAACUUGUCGUGGCGGAAGCGGAACGCUACGCGCUGCUGUCCCUCUGUGACGCCGACGACGGGCCUGGCCCAUGGCGCGAUGAGGGCGGGGUCGACGGCGAUGGCCCAUUCUCGGCUCGGGACGACGCUGAGGACACGGGUAGACCCGUGGUCCUAAGCCCGGGUGACAUAUCAGGACUGGACGACACGUUUUCGUUCAGGAACACGUCGGUGUAA